AAAGUGGGGAUCAGACUGUUUCAGAUGCUGAUGGAUCCAUUCUUUCAUUUGUCAGAUGAGCGAACGUUUACCGAAAUGUUCAUUGUUCCACCAAAAGGCACUACAGAUCCACUCACGGUGACGAGAUGUGGCCGAACGGUAGUGACCCCAUCAGAAUCGGAAAUUUCGUUCUGGUUUCAGCCACACGGUUCGUUUCGGGACUAUAUGCUGCUGAGUGCCAGUCUGGAGUCGUUUCAUGAUGUGGUCGAUUCGAGGUUAUCUACCCGGCUUGUAGCAAAAUCCGCAGCUUUCUGGCAGAUGGUUCAUAGCUAUGGUGGACUUCAUGAAGAGCUAGCUGACGCGAUGGCUGAUAUUAGGAAAGUACGAUCCAAUUUGCAAGCCGUAGCCAAUCUGGUUUGUGAAAGGGCUAGGAAUAUAAUGAGUUUGUAUGAAAAACGCGAAAAGAAGCAGAAACUACUCGCUAAGUUGUAUGAUGUAGCCUGUCUUCGUGAAGCCCAAACGACGGUGCAGAUGCUGUUGAACCAAAGCGAUUACCCGAAAGUCAUCGAAUGUAUCGAAACAAGUGAAGAGGUGCUCAAUUCUGAGCUCAGUGGAGUCCAAUGCUUCAGGCACCUUGGAUCGCAACUGAGGGAAUUGUAUGGUGUGAUAGGUCGAAUGAUGCUAGAUGACUUUGCGUCCUUGAUCCAAAAGGAAUUUGGCACGAAGCCUGAAGAGGGUGGAGAGUUAUCGUGUGUUCUGAUGGGUUUGAUACAAGUUCGACGAUUCGGGUUCAUGUCUAUGGUGAGAACUGAAAUAAUGGAAGCGCUAAAAGGUAUUCUGCGGCACGAAGUCAAACUGCACAUCGUAGAAAGCGGCCUCGACCUUACUGACUUUGACCCUACUCUCAACCAGCUCGGAGAGCCAGUGCGACGAUUGAAAUUUAGUGAUUGGUUAAAAACUGUAAAUGAUGUCACAAAGGAGUUCUUCGAUUUUUGCAGACGGGUCCAGAACCUCCAAGAUGUGAUUCACGAAAGUGCAGAACGUGUACGGAACAACGCCAGCGUAACAGGACUUAAUGGCUCACCUUUUGUUAGUGAAGAUUCAUUGCAAUUACGACCUCCGGUAGAUUUGUCUUCGAGUGACCAAGAUGUUGCGUUUGGUAGCGCUGGAGCUUCAACACCUGGAGAUACAUCUGGGGAUCCAGCAGCAUUACUUGCUGUCGAGAUACGUUCUUUACCUCAGCUCCUCCGAACAGCCUCGAUUUUGACUGAAUUCGCCCAUCACUGUGCACAAGGUCGCCUCUGCCGGUUACUAAUUGCUCGAUUCAAGGUGAAGGGUGUGCCAGACCUUACCUCUCCAGAACAACUUAAUGAGAUGAUUACUUUAUUGCGAGAAUACCAACAGGAUUGUGCAAACCAAGGAUGGCAUAAAGUAGAGAAAUUGUGCUUAGAGUAUAUUGAACGUUUUCAUACGCAACGGCGUUCCAAGAUGAGUGGUAUGCUGGAUGCAGAGUUAUGGAAAGCGUCCGAAGUAGGAGCUGAGUUCCAGUGUCUCGUAGAUGAAUCGCUUCGCACAGGUCGAUUAAAAAACGUUCCUGCGCCAAGCCUUUCGGUAGGAGGAGAAGCGGUCAUCGUCGAUAGCACGCCUUAUGUUGUAGUAAGCUCUGCUCUGGUAUUUUUAAAAAUACUCGCUGAUUAUUGCGAAUGUUUUGUUGCUCUACCGGAAUUCGCUGCCGAUAUCUUAUCUCGGGUCGUCGAGCUUCUCAAAGGAUUCAAUAGUCGCUGCUGUCAGCUGAUCCUGGGAGCCGGAGCCUUGCAGCUGGUUGGCUUGAAAACGAUUUCUGUGCGGAAUCUAGCUCUUGCCUCACGAUCCCUGCAGUUGAUCGUCCACUUUGUGCCAUUUGUAGCUCAUGAGGCUGAACUUUCCCUCAAGGAAGACCAGAAACACCUCCUGCGUCAUUUCAAACAGGUUUUAGCUUUAACUGACUACGGGGACCAUAUAAAGGAGAUUACAUCGAAACUCGUUAGUGUUAUUGAUCAUCAUACAACAAAUUGUUUAAAUAAUGUAGUGCCAUCGUCGUCUUUCCAACAGAUCUGCCGUCAAAUGCAAAAGUUUCAUAAUGGUCUAGCAGGCAUAAUACCAGAUGAUCAAAUAAAGUCUCUGUUUGAAACGGUACACGAGCAUUUCAAAGGUAACUUGAAACUGCACUUAGCACGGAUUGGAAUUUCGCCCCACGAUUCGCUCAAAUAUGGAUUCGUCUCGCAAGACUACGCCUUUUAUGCGCAGAGUCUCCGAGCAAUGUCAAGCUGUUCGGACCUUAAUGUCGAGUCACUUAACGAUGUUAUUUAUGGACGGUGA